AUGUCGUGGGCUGGGUUCAAGAAAAAUGUCGGCCGCGCCACGACGCAGGUGAUGAUGAAAACCGGCCAUGUGGAACGAACGAGCGACCGCGACUAUGAGAUUGAAGAACGACGGUAUCGUACAAUGGAGCAGGCGGCUAGUCGACUGCAGAAAGAAGCGAAGGGGUAUUUGGAUUCGUUGCGAGCCAUGACCGCGUCUCAAAUGCGGAUCGCCGAAACAAUUGAUGCUUUCUACGGUGAUGCAGGCACAAAGGAUGGCGUGAGUCGAAGCUACAAGCAGGCUGUGGAGGAUUUGGAUGCGGAGACGAUCAAGGCGUUGGAUGGACCGUACCGAACCACCGUCCUGGACCCCAUCUCCCGCUUCUGCGCCUAUUUCCCCGACGUCAACGAAUGUAUCAAAAAGCGCAACCACAAACUCCUCGACUACGACGCCAUGCGCUCCAAGGUGAAGCGACUAGUUGAGAAGCCCGACAAGGACGCCACGAAGUUGCCGCGCACAGAGCGCGAAGCGGAAAUGGCCAAACAGGCAUACGAGCAGCUCAAUGAACAGCUCUUCACCGAAUUGCCCCAGCUCAUCGACCUGCGUGUCCCCUACCUCGAUCCCAGCUUCGAGGCGCUGGUCAAGAUCCAGCUGCGUUUCUGCGCAGAGGCCUACUCUCGCAUGGCUCAGGUGCAGCAGUAUCUUGACGCCGAGACCCGCGACCAGUAUGCGCGGGGCGACUUGGAUAAUCGCGUUGAGGAGGUCCUGCAGGAGAUUCGCGAUCUUAGCAUUGCUGGCACUGUCUGA